AUGGAGAUUCACCGCAGUGAUGAAUUUAGGGAGAAGCCAAACAAGGUUUACGUUGGAGGACAAAUGGAUCACAUAGAUGACUGUGAUGUUGACUUGAUGUUGCUUAUUGAAAUGGAUGAUAUGGCCUCUAUUCUUGGAUAUGCUCCAUACAUUGGAUAUUAUUACAGAAUUCUUGGUAUGGAUUUGCACAAAGGGAUAGUACAUAUGAUUAGUGAUGAAAAGGUUUUGGAUAUAGAAUAUAAUUUGAAUCAAAAUAGGAUAGCUCAGGUAUAUUUUCAUCAUGUAGAUGGUAUUAAGUUAAUGGAGAAUCAUCACGUUGAUGGUGAUGUCUCAGUUGAUAAAGGGAAAAUGGUAGCAUCAGAGUGUGAUGAAUUAGACAGUGAAUACCAACCUAACUCUGAAUCUAGAGGACUUGUAUUGUUACACUACCAGAAGGAAACCAAGCUGAAGGGAGCCAAGUUGGAGGAAGUUGGAUGGAGCCAAGUUGCUGUGAGCCAAGUUGGAGGGAGCCAAAUUGCUAUUAGCCAACCUGGAGGUAGUCAAACUGCUGUUAUCCAAGGUGGAGGGAGCCAAGCUACUGUGAGCCAAGCUGGAGGGAGCCAAGUUGUUAUGAAAUGA